CCGGCCGCCGGGACAGUCGCUCGCGCGCCGCAGCGCAUCAAGUCUGCGACGGAACCCGGGGCCAUGCGGCUGUCGGCGGCGUGGCUGCGGCCUCUGCUGCUCCUGGCGUGCGCGGCCGUCGUCGACCCGUACUGCAAGGGCUGCGUGGGCACGUACAAGUGCGAGUGCGGCGGCAUCAAGGGCCUGCAGGGCGAGCAGGGCUUCUUCGGGCUGCGCGGCAGCGAGGGCAUCCCGGGCGACAUCGGGCCCGAGGGCCCCUACGGCCCCCAGGGCGAGAAGGGCGAGGGCGGCGAGUUCGGCGGCUCCGGCGAGAAGGGCUACCGGGGAGAUGCCGGUGUUCCAGGCUUCAGAGGAGCUCCAGGUAUUCCAGGGCUGCCGGGCACGGAGGGGUCGACGGGCCCUCAUGGGCUGGACGGCUGCAACGGCACGGACGGCAAGCGAGGGGUGCCCGGGGGCCACGGCAUCCCCGGGGGCAGGGGCCUCCCUGGUCCAGAAGGGGACCUGGGCCAGCCCGGGGACCCGGGGGACGGCGGCAUCAACUCCAAGGGCGUCAAGGGCGAGCGGGGCUACUCCGGCGUCCCGGGACUGCAGGGCAUCCCAGGAAACCAGGGCAGACCCGGACUGAUCGGCCCUCCCGGAUACCCAGGCGACCAGGGACCGCCGGGGCCCGCCGGCCUGCCCGGGCUGCGGGGAGACCCGGGGGAGUCCAAGUUCGGCCUGCCCGGGAUGCCCGGCGAGGCGGGAGACACCGGGGACGCGGGGCCGCCGGGCCGGUACCGCGGCGAGGUGGAGGAGGAGUCGCCCGUCAUCGAGUCCAUCCGCGGGCCCAAGGGCGAGAAGGGCAUGCACGGCUCGCUGGGGCCUCGCGGCUUCAAGGGCCAGCCGGGCGACAAGGGCGAGCUGGGCCGGCCGGGGCUGCAGGGCCUGAAGGGGCUGAAGGGCAUGCAGGGCCCGGACGGGCCGCGCGGCAAGCAGGGCAAGGACGGCCCGCCCGGCCCCAGCGGAUCCAAGGGAGAGAAGGGAGCGCCUGGGUUCGCCGGCACCGACGGCCGCGACGGCGAGAAGGGUUUCCCCGGCAUGCCGGCGAGCCCGGGACGCCCGGGGGACCAGGGCCCGGAGGGAGCCCCUGGAAUAUACGAUCCGAACCUGACAGAGCCAGGCGGCGUUGGCAGCCUCGGAAGGCAGGGACCCCUAGGUGAGCCAGGUCCCAAGGGCUACGCGGGCCUGCCGGGACAGGACGGGACGACGGGCUUCGUGGGGGACCCCGGCCCGCCCGGGCCCCCGGGACAGCCGGGGCCUCGCGGCCGCAAGGGGCUGGUCAUCAAGGGCGAGCAGGGAGACGCGGGCGUGCAGGGCGCCAAGGGCCAGCAGGGCCGGCCCGGCCCGCCGGGCGUGACGGGGCCCUCGGGGGAGAAGGGCUUCCCCGGCCUGAAGGUGGUGGGGCCCCCGGGCCCCGACGGGCUCCGGGGGUUCGACGGCUACGUGGGGGAGCGCGGCGAGCGCGGCGACUGGGGAGAGCCAGGACCGAAGGGGUUCCCGGGAGUGGGCGUGGCCCGGCCGGGGCCCCAGGGCGAGGCGGGGGGCCCGGGCCCCCCGGGCGAGCGAGGCCUGCCGGGACCGGUCGGCCCCAAGGGGCUGCGAGGAGACGCCGGGCCGGACGGCAUCGACUGCCCGCUCUGCCUGCCGGGCUUCCCCGGCGCGAAGGGGGAGCGCGGAGACGACGGCCGCAACGGGCAGCCGGGCCUGCCAGGCCCCCCGGGCCUGCAGGGUCCCCGGGGGUACCCGGGCGUGAAGGGCAAGCCGGGACCCCAGGGCUUCCAGGGCCUCAACGGGCAGCCCGGGCGACCAGGCGAGGCGGGAAUCCCGGGGGCCAAGGGCGAGAAGGGGACGUACCUGGUGCCCAAGCAGCUGGGGCGGGGUCCCCGCGGGCUGCCCGGAGACAAGGGCUUCCCGGGCCCGCCGGGUCCCGAGGGCCUGCAGGGCCUGAAGGGCGAGGUGGGGGAGGACGGGGCGCGAGGCUUCAAGGGAGACAAGGGCAACUACGGCGAGCCCGGGGUGUCCGGGAGGGACGGCGUCCCGGGCAUCGACGGGCGGCCGGGGCAGAAGGGCGACGACGGAGGGGCCUUCGUGCCCAAGGAGUUCCUGCGGGGCUCGCCCGGACUCCCCGGCUACAGGGGCGAGAAGGGCCAGCAGGGAGACCAGGGAAUCAAGGGCGAGCCGGGCGACGUCCCGAACUUCUUCAUCCAGGCCCAAGGGGACAAGGGCAGCAAGGGCCAGUACGGAGAUGCAGGUUUCGACGGCCGGCCGGGCGAACCGGGCCCGCUGGGAGACCGCGGCCUCCCGGGCCCCCCGGGCCCCCGUGGGCCCCCGGGCCUCAGCAUCAAGGGCGCCCAGGGCCUGAAGGGCUACCCGGGCAUGAAGGGCAACGAGGGACCGCGAGGCCCGCCGGGCAACCCGGGCAACGAGGGUCCCAGGGGCGUGCCGGGCUACGGGGCACAGAAGGGGGCCCGCGGAGACCCGGGCAUGAACGUGCUGGAGGGUUUCAUCGGCGUGAUGGGCCCCAGGGGCCAGAAGGGCGAGCCAGGCUUCGAGGGACCGCAGGGCGUGCCGGGCCGCGACGGCGUGUUCGGCGUGAAGGGCGCCAAGGGGGAGAAGGGCGCGCCGGGAGCGGAGGGGCUCCCGGGACAGCCGGGCCCGCGGGGAACCCGCGGGGACACCGUGCCGGGUCUUCCCGGCUCGCCCGGAGCCCCCGGCCUGCCCGGGCUCGUCGGGUUGUUCGGGGCCGUCGGACUGCCAGGACGGGAAGGGACUCCCGGCGUGCCGGGCGUGCCGGGACUGAAGGGAGACAUCGGCCUGCAGGGGCGGCGCGGAGUCACCGGGGACCCGGGCCCCAAGGGCUACCCGGGCCAGCGGGGCCGCAUGGGCACCCCGGGGCUGCCCGGCGAGCCCGGGCCGCUCGGCGACCGGGGCACGCCAGGCGUGAGGGGCUCUCCCGGGAGGCAGGGCCCGCCCGGGCUCAUGGGACCGAAGGGAGUCGCCGGGGAGUUCGGCCCCGCGGGGGCGCCCGGCCCCAGGGGUCCCCCGGGAUUCCAGGGUCCGCAAGGUGACCUUGGGCUAGCAGGUGUGGACGGGCUGCCGGGAGAUUCGUCCUUCAGCGGCCCCCAGGGCGACACGGGCGAUGCAGGGUUCGACGGCCCGGUGGGGCUGCCCGGGCGCCCGGGGGCAGACGGCCUGCCGGGGGAGCCCGGGGAUGCGGGCGUCGUAAUCAACGGCUUCGCGGGCGUCGACGGCCAGAAGGGAGAGCCGGGGCUGCGCGGCCUCGACGGCCGGCCGGGACCGAAGGGACCGAGAGGCGACGUGGGGGACGCCGGCCUGCGAGGGAGCCCCGGGGACGAGGGCAGGAAGGGGGAGCCGGGGCAGAAGGGUCGGGACGGCAUCCCGGGCGCCCCGGGACUCCGGGGCCGGCCGGGCCCCGUGGGGCAGAUCGGUCUGCCGGGAGAGAGGGGCGACAUCGGCGUACCGGGAUUCUUCGGACACCAAGGGCUGCCGGGAGACCUGGGGCCGAUGGGGCCCGCGGGGCCGCCCGGGCCCAAGGGCAUCAAGGGCCUGGUGGGGGACCCGGGCUACAACCGCCAGGGCUUCGGCGACAAGGGCGAGCAGGGCGACGCCGGCCGCAACGGGCUGGAGGGCUACCCCGGCGAGCGAGGGGACGGCGGCCUGCCCGGGAUGCCCGGACGCAAGGGCGCCAGAGGCAACACAGGCCAGCCCGGGGAGCCCGGGAGCGCGGGCUUCGCCGGCUCUCCCGGAUACCCCGGAGAGCAGGGCGCCAUGGGACCAGCAGGUUCGCCCGGAUACGGAGCGGAGAGGGGGGAGCCGGGCACUCCCGGUAUAGACGGGCGCACCGGGAGACCUGGCCGUCCCGGACACAAAGGUGCUCCCGGUGACUACGGGUUCGACGGCCCCAAGGGCCCCAAAGGAGACCAGGGGACCAGCCUCCCGGGACCCAGGGGGAUGGACGGAAACAUCGGUCUGCCGGGACUGGGCGGGAGGCCAGGAAACCGAGGCGCUCCGGGCACGAACGGACUCCCAGGACGGCCGGGACUCAAGGGCCUGCAAGGAGAGCAGGGACACCCGGGAAGCAGGUACAAGGGGCAGACGGGCGACAUCGGCCUCCCGGGCAUGAACGGCAUGCCGGGCCCCAAGGGCAUCGCGGGCGAGUCCGGGCUGGACGGGCUCCCGGGAGCCCCGGGAUGGCCCGGAGAGAGGGGGGACGUCGGGGAGUUCGGCCUCGCGGGGUUGGCAGGACUGCCGGGCCUCAAGGGACUGAAAGGAGACAUCGGAGACGUGGGGCUGGGUCUGGACGGCCAGCCCGGGGAUCGCGGCUACCAGGGCACCCCAGGCAUCCCCGGCGAGCAGGGGCUGAUGGGCAAGCCGGGCAGCGACGGGUUCCCGGGACAACGCGGCGACAACGGGCCGUCGGGACGCCCCGGGAGGCCUGGGCCUCCGGGACCCCCGGGGCCGGCGGGACUGUCCGGGAGAGCCGGCAUCCCGGGCCCCAAAGGACUGGCAGGCUUCCCGGGACCGCCGGGGGCCUCCGGGGGAGUCGGCCCCCCGCCGCCCAACCGGGGCUUCUUCUUCACGCGCCACUCGCAGGCGGAGGUGGAGCCCGCCUGCCCGGGCAACACUGUGCCGCUGUGGACCGGCUACUCCCUGCUGCACUUCGUGGGCAACGCCAAGGCCCACGGCCAGGACCUGGGGGCCCCCGGCAGCUGCCUGCAGAAGUUCAGCACCAUGCCGUUCCUGUUCUGCAACCUGAACAGCGUGUGCGACUACGCCAGCCGCAACGACUACAGCUACUGGCUGAGCACGCCCAAGCCCAUGCCCAUGGCCAUGACGCCCAUCCCCGCCUACGAGAUCAAGGACUACAUCUCCAGGUGCGCGGUGUGUGAGGCUCCGACCAGCGUGAUCACCGUGCACAGCCAGACCGACGAGAUCCCCGAGUGCCCCACGGACUGGGAGACGCUCUGGUCCGGGUACAGCUUCAUCAUGCACACGGACGCAGGGGCGGAGGGCAGCGGCCAGUCGCUGGUGUCCCCGGGGUCGUGCUUGGAGGAGUUCCGCGCCACGCCCUUCAUCGAGUGCCACGGCCUGGGCCGCUGCAACUACUACACCAGCGCCUUCUCCUACUGGCUGGCCACCAUCGCCGACGGAGAGAUGUUCCGCCGGCCGCGCCAGCAGACGCUCAAGGCCCAGCAGACGUCGCGCGUCAGCCGCUGCAGCGUGUGCAUGCGGCGCAAGCGCGUGACGCUGGGCGCGGCGCCCGUGCGGCGCCGGCCCGCGUACGACCGCCGUCGCAACGGCUAGCGCCCCCGAACAGCAGGCCAUUUUGAUACAGGGAUUAACUUAUUUUUUGUACAAAGUGAAAAUGCUGCAAAAUUUCCCGAACGAGACUUCGCUCACAGUCUUCGAAAAUUAUAAAAAAAAAAAUUGUUAAUUUUUUUAAGGUAACUGUGAAAUACUUUUCAUUACAUUAGACGGCACAAAUGUUUCAAUUGUAUAGACAUUUCCCUUCUUCGGUGAAUACAGGAAUAUAAUUUCUUGAUUCAUGAAGAGCUGCUGAAACAACUUUCGAAGCAUUUUGCAAAUCUUACAGCGAUGCAGCUGUAGUGUCACCAAUUGCUGUCAGUCAGUGUUGUGUGUCAGACAUGAACAAUUUUGAAUUCCUGUACCAAUCACAACUUUUAUAUAUGAAGUGUUACAUUUUGUAUGUGUGUGUUUAUAAAAGUACACAUGUCAGGUGGUAUAUUUUUAAGCUAUCUCAAUUGCUGUUUUUUUUUGUUGCAAUUUCUACAAAAAAAAUUGGAAAGCUUAUGCAUAACAAAAAAAAGUAUAGUAUUCCUUAUCACUAAAAGGUUUUUUUAUUAAUUUUCAAAAGAAAAUGUUUGUAUAAACGAAACUAACCUAUGCUGUAAUUAUGUUACAUUGAAAUGUGUUUGUUACACACUGAAUAAAACAUGGUGCUACUUUAGUUGGCCAAAGUGCAAUAUUAAAUGCACAUUUGAGCAUUAGAGAAAUGUCAUAUUUUGUUAUCUCUUUACUUUUUAUCAUAUUUCCACUGCCAAGACACUGCCAUCAUAUCUCAUUAUUUGUACUCAUGUCUCACUCCAUUUCAUGCUACAAAGUAAAACACUUAUGUAACAACACUAGAGUAAAGUGUAAUUCUUUUAAUCACUUCAUUUACAUUGUGUCAAUUACUUACUACAGAUCAUUUUUUUUUGUCCUGAUAUAAUUUUUGCAUUAAAUUUUAUGUGUGUAAUAAAAUUGUACUUUUAAUAGCUGUAAAAAAAAUUUGUAAAUUUUUAGCUAAAAUAAAACAAAUCAUUAAACGUUUCUAAUUACUAAA